GCCUGCACAAGUUCUCUCACGACCUCCACGUGGGCCUCAAACACAUUGAUUCUCCUCACUUCAUUCUCCGCGCGCGCGUACACUCCUCGACCACCCCUGACCCCCGUGGUGUCACUACCGACAGCUGCAAGAAUGGCGCCCGGUCGGAAAUUAGGCGAAAGCUGCUGGACCUGCCGCCUGCGUCGCAAGCGCUGCGACGCAGUCCGACCUAUUUGCGGGAGCUGUCAAGCCCUGGACAUUUCCUGCCAUGCCGGAGAGACUCGGCCAUCAUGGAUGGAUGGGGGGCCCGCCCAGAGCAACAUGUCCGAGGCCAUCAAGCGGAGGAUCAAGUACAACGCGCUUCUGCGCAGAGAAAGGCGUCUAUUGGCCGCUGCUGGCCAUGAGCCGCUAGAUCAUGAUGUGCUCGACGCUGCAGUCGUCUCCACCACGCAGACGGCCGCCUCCUUGUCCCUGGCGAGUGGCUCUGAUGAUGGUUUCCAGUCCCAGUCCCAGUCCCAGUCGCCCUUCGAGUCUCGGUCUCCGUCCACGACUGGGCUCCUGUCAGACGGGGCCCACACGCUGCCGACCAUCUCUUCGCCGGCCCCCUCCUCCUCUUCAUCCUGGUCUGCCGGCCUGGGCAUCCCGAUUCAGGCCCCUGCCCAGGCCCAGCUCGCGUCUGUCAUGAUCUACCUCGACUACGUGUUCCCGUUCCUGUUCCCCUUCUACCGGCCGUCGCUGCUGGAAACAGGGAGGCAGUGGCUGCUUGGCAUGCUGUGCCAGAACGAGGUCUCGUUCCACACGGCGGCUAGCCUCAGCUCUUACUUCUUCAGCCUGGUUCCACAGGACGAGGAGCGCCAGAUGCAUGAUGAGUGCAAAGCCCUCGUCUGGGAGCGGCUCAUCGGGCAGAUGGAUCUUGCGGUCAAGACGAUCCAGAGCAGCGUCGCCGUGCUGAGUCACCAAGGAGUGCAUGGAGGCUCGCUGACGGGCAAGGCGCGCAUCAUGCAGGAGAUAGCGCAGCUGCUCAUCGUUGAGGUCACAGUGCGCAGGGAUGUGGACUGGACGAUCCACUUGACCCCGGCCUUGGCCCUCUUCGACGACAUAUUCACGGCCUACGGCCUAGACGGGGCCUCGGAACCCAGUGUCACAAACCUUAUGAAUGCAUUGCCGCCCAUGAUGUUCCCGGUACCGACGACACACCAGAAGCCUCUUCCGAACACACCUGAUCAGUCCGCGUUGGCCUUCUUCCUAUCGCUUCUGCUCUAUGUUGACAUCGUAGCAAGCACGUCCUUGGGUAGAGCCCCCCAUUUGCACCGAUACCACCCCAGCCUGCUGUCUUCUCAGAGCGAGCAAGCUUGUCAGCUUCGCAUAGAUCAGGUAGUUGGCUGUCAGAACUGGCCGCUCGUCGCCAUCGGCAACAUCUCGGCACUCUGUGCCUGGAGGCGCGAAGUCAAACAGACCGGGACCUUCUCCGUCUUCCAGCUGGUCAAGCUGGCCGACCCGAUCUCCCAGGCGCUCGACGACGGGCUCCUGAGCCUGGAGCGCAACCCACCUCGUGCUGCACCCAGCGGGAAGGGGCCCGGCCGUCGGCUCGAGGGAUACUACAGCCGGCAUGACCGAAGCAUCGAUCACAAUGCAAUCGCCACCGUCACGCGCAUCUGGGCCUAUGCGGCCAAGAUUUACCUCUCGGUCAUUGUGUCGGGGUGGCAGCCAAACUCUGCCGAGGUAUACGACAACGUUUCCAAGGUCGUCGGUCUGUUGCAGACCAUCGAGUCGCCCGCCCAGCUGCGGAGUCUGUCGUGGCCCAUCUGCGUGGCGGGGUGUCUCGCGCUGCCUGUCCAGGAGCCAGAGUUCCGCCGCAUCGUCGGAGAGGUAGGCGAGCUGGCUGAUUUCGGUACCAUUGGCACAACGCUCCGUAUAAUGGAAGAAGUUUGGCGUUCGAGAGAGACGGCGGAUGGGGAUGCAUGUGAUUUGGCUUCGGCUUUAAAUGUUCUCGGGUCUUCUGCUUUACUUAUAUAGUCUUUAUGCAAUCACUUAGUUGCUCUGGAAAGUAACAAGUUUGCGAAUGCGUAGCGGCUGUCUAGAAUAUACCGCUGUCUAGAAUAUACCCAGUUAUUUUG